UCAGUUCAGAUUGACGAUCAUGAAAUUCUUGACGGCAUUUGCAUUCGCCUGUGUGGCAACAUUUGUGGUGCUCCACGGCGCCUACGGCAAUCCACUACCGGGACCCGUUGCCGAACCGAGUCCAGUGGCCGAGCCAAAGCCCAAUCCUGAGCCGGUAGCCAAUCCUGAGCCGGUAGCCAAUCCUGAGCCGGUAGCCAAUCCUGAGCCAAAGCUCAAUCCUGAGCCGGUAGGUAAAGGCACAUUCAGGCCAUUUGAUCCCGCAUUCUGGAAUCCGGGGUACCAACCAAGCUCCGGACUCCAACAAGGAGUAGCAACAGCUUAAUCCAACUGGAGCCUGUGCAUCCGCACACAAGGGAGACACACACACAUAUAUACUAAUCUCCUGUACUUAAUGUAUGCAUUUAUGUACUCCAACUUACAGCAUAGGCAUUAAUAAAAUUGCAAAAAAAUAUA